AUGUCAUUCGAUGAAACAACUCCAAGUUCACCUUCAGAAUUCUCUCCAAUAGCUCAAAGUCCAAUAGAAGAAUCUGAUCAAGUGAUAUUAACAUCUGUAUCAUUAGCUGCAGAUAUGCAACGAUCAAAUAGUUUUCCAUCAGAUACUAUUGAUAUACUUAAUGAGAAAUCUUCCAAUAUCCAAACAGCUACAACUGUAGAAUGUCUUCCAAACAGUGAAUCAUCUAAUACAACAAAAGUUCUUAUAACAUCUCCAUCAUUUAAUUCAGAAUUAUCAUUAGAACAAAAUGAUUCAAUAGAUCAAUUAAAUUCAUCAUCAAUAUCACUUCUACGAACAAAAAAUCGUCGAAUAGAUCAUAGAAGAAAUAAAAGUGAACCAUUUAAAUCUGCAAGUACAGAUGAUAUACCAUCAACAACAAUACUUGAAUUAUCUUCAACUAGUACAACAAGUAAUGAAUCCCCAUUAAGUAAUAAUGCAAAAAAUCAAACUAGAAGAAAAUUAUUGACCAAAGACAAUUCAAAUAAUAUUUCGUCAUUAAAAAAUGAGAAAUCAAUAACUCAAGAAAAAUCUUCAUCAUCAACAACAUCAAGAAAAAAGAAACCAUGGUAUAAUGUAAGUAAACUUUACUUUUUAUUUUCUUUUUUUUUAUUAUUUUUAUUGGUUUUAUGA